AUGGCUGCCGCCGAGGUCCCUGUCCCUUCUGAGUCCUUCACCCAAAUCAAAGAGCAGAAGUUGAAUCCUGGAGACCAGCAAAAGGAAAAGGAGAAGGGUGGGGUACAAAGAAUGGGAGCCCAGGAGUGUACUGUCGAGGUGGAGGCCGAGUUCUGCCAGCUUCUGGAUGCGGGGCCUCAGAAAGACCAGCCCGAGCUGCCUUUGUCGGUCCCGGUAGAGAGCGAUAGGAGGAUCCUGACCCUGCAGACCCUGCAGCUGACCUCUCAGGAUGUGCACCUGCAGGGACUGGGGUGGCUGAGCGUGCCACACUCCGAGGGGUUUCCAGUGAUGAUGCCACAGGCGGAAAGCUUCCUGCCACUGCCCUCCGUGCUGUGGCUGGAACAAGAGCCCCAGCCCAGCCUUCAGCACUGUGUGGCCAUCAGCAUCCCGGAAGAGCUGUGCCCACCUGAGGAGCUGGAGCGCACACAUUUCCACCUGCUGUGGGAGGGUGUGCCAGUGGCUGAGGAGGACCGGGAAUUAAUGCCAGACUUGGGUGAAGGCACAGCCCUGAUGAAGUUGGAAGACGAUGAGAAGGACCAACUGUGGUCAGAGGGAGGACCAGAGAAGGAAGGAGAAGAGAAAUACCUCUUUGUGGAAAUGGCACCAGCUGAUGAAGGAAAAGAGGAAAUCGUUCUGACCAUUUCCCAUCUGAACCUAGAAGAACAGCAAGAUCAGCCCGCGCCAAGCCAGACAAGUGCACCUAAGGCUGCGGCCACAGAACCUCCGAGGAAGGCCAAGGGAAAGCCACGCACCUUCCAAUGUGACGUCUGCCUGUUCACGUCUUCCAAAUUCUCGACUUUUACCCGCCACAAGAAAAUCCACAAUGACGAGAGACCUCACCUGUGCCACCUGUGCCUGAAGGCUUUCCGCACUGUCACCCUCCUUCGGAACCACGUCAACACCCACACAGGAACCAGGCCUUACAAGUGUGGGGACUGUGACAUGGCAUUUGUCACCAGCGGAGAACUGGUCCGGCACAGGCGUUACAAACACACUUAUGAGAAGCCCUUCAAGUGCUCCCUGUGCAAGUAUGCCAGCGUCGAGGCAAGCAAGCUGAAGCGUCACAUCCGCUCACACACGGGUGAGCGUCCCUUCCAGUGCUACCAAUGUACUUACGCCAGCAAGGACGCCUACAAGCUGAAACGCCAUAUGCGGAUCCACUCAGGUGAGAAGCCCUAUGAAUGCCCCACUUGCCAUGCCCGCUUCACUCAGAGUGGGACCUUGAAGAUCCACGUGGCACAGAAGCAUGGAGAGAAUGUGCCCAAACACAUGUGUCCCCACUGUGCUACCGCCAUCGCAAGGAAGAGCGACCUGCGUGUCCAUCUGCGCAACAUGCACAGCCACAGCCCUGAGGAGAUCAAGUGCCGAUACUGUCCUGCUGGCUUCCAUGAGCGCUAUGCCCUCAUCCAGCACCAGAGGACCCAUAAGAACGAGAAGAAGUUCAAAUGCAAGCAGUGCGAUUAUGCAUGCAAGCAGGAGCGCUGCUUGACAGCACACAUGUUCACACACACGGGAAAGAAGCCAUUCUCCUGCCUCGACUGCAACAAGCACUUCCGGCAGAAGCAGCUGCUCAUGGUGCACCUGAGGAAGUACCAUGACCCGAGUUUCGUCCCCAGUGUACACCUUUGCCUCAAGUGUGGCAAAGACUUUUCCCGCCGGAGUAACCUGCAGAGACACCGGAAGAAGUGUGACCCCGAGUACGAGAAGCCGGCCACCUCCGUAAAGGGAAGAGCGGUGCAGAAGAAGCCGACUGUGGAGGAAGGACCAGGAUGGGACAACGAUACUGCUGGCCAAGAGAGCAACUCCUGGAAGGAGGCGCAGUGCCCUGGGGAGCUGGCUCUCGGCCACCACAGUGGCAAUUGUGCAGCCAGGAGCGAGAGCCAGGAUGAAGACCUGACCUGCGAGAUGAUCUUCAACAUGAUGGAUAAGUGA